AUGCCCCGCCACCACGCGGGAGGAGAGGAGGGCGGCGCCGCCGGGCUCUGGUUGAAGAGCAGCGCGGCGGCGGCGGCGGCGGCGGCGGUGGCGGCGGGUGGGGGGCGCCCGGGCGGCGGCAUGAAGGAUGUGGAGUCGGGCCGAGGCCGGGCGCUGCUGACCUCGGCGGCCGCCAGGGGCGACGGCCUGCUGCUGCUGGGCCCCCGCGCGGCCGCGCUCGGCGGCGGCGGCAGCCUGCGGGAGAGCCGGCGGGGCAAGCAGGGGGCCCGGAUGAGCCUGCUGGGAAAGCCGCUCUCCUACCCCAGCGGCCAGAGCAGCCGGCGCAACGUGAAGUAUCGGCGGCUGCAGAACUACCUGUACAACGUGCUGGAGAGACCCCGCGGCUGGGCGUUCGUCUACCACGCUUUCGUUUUUCUCCUUGUCUUUGGUUGCUUGAUUUUGUCAGUGUUUUCCACCAUCCCUGAGCACACAAAAUUGGCCUCAAGUUGCCUCUUGAUUCUGGAGUUCGUGAUGAUUGUUGUCUUUGGUUUGGAGUUCAUCAUUCGCAUUUGGUCUGCGGGCUGCUGCUGCCGGUACAGAGGAUGGCAAGGAAGACUGAGAUUUGCCCGAAAACCCUUCUGUGUUAUAGAUACCAUUGUGCUUAUCGCUUCAAUAGCAGUUGUUUCUGCAAAAACUCAGGGUAAUAUUUUCGCCACGUCUGCGCUCAGAAGUCUCCGUUUCCUGCAGAUCCUCCGUAUGGUGCGCAUGGACCGCAGGGGGGGCACUUGGAAGUUGCUAGGCUCAGUGGUUUAUGCCCACAGCAAGGAAUUAAUCACAGCUUGGUACAUAGGAUUUUUGGUUCUCAUUUUUUCGUCUUUCCUUGUCUAUCUGGUGGAAAAGGAUGCCAAUAAGGAAUUUUCUACAUAUGCAGAUGCACUCUGGUGGGGCACAAUAACGUUGACCACAAUUGGAUAUGGAGACAAAACGCCCCUGACCUGGCUGGGAAGAUUGCUCUCGGCAGGCUUCGCUCUCCUGGGCAUUUCUUUCUUUGCACUUCCUGCCGGCAUUCUUGGCUCGGGUUUUGCAUUAAAAGUACAAGAACAGCAUCGCCAGAAACACUUUGAGAAAAGAAGGAACCCAGCUGCCAACCUCAUUCAGUGCGUUUGGCGCAGUUAUGCAGCUGAUGAGAAAUCUGUUUCCAUUGCAACCUGGAAGCCACACUUGAAGGCCUUGCACACCUGCAGCCCCACCAAGAAGGAGCAAGGGGAAGCAUCAAGCAGUCAGAAGCUGAGUUUUAAGGAGCGCGUGCGCAUGGCCAGCCCCCGGGGUCAGAGCAUCAAGAGCAGACAGGCCUCGGUGGGCGACCGGAGGUCCCCCAGCACCGACAUCACGGCCGAGGGCAGCCCCACCAAAGUGCAGAAGAGCUGGAGUUUCAACGACCGCACCCGCUUCCGGCCCUCGCUGCGCCUCAAAAGUUCUCAGCCCAAACCCGGGAUCGACGCUGACACAGCGCUGGGCACUGAAGAUGCAUAUGAUGAGAAAGGAUGCCAGUGUGACGUCUCUGUGGAGGACCUCACCCCACCACUCAAAACUGUCAUUCGAGCAAUCAGAAUUAUGAAAUUUCAUGUUGCAAAACGGAAGUUUAAGGAAACGUUACGUCCGUAUGAUGUAAAAGAUGUCAUUGAACAAUAUUCUGCUGGUCAUCUGGACAUGUUGUGUAGAAUUAAAAGCCUACAAACACGUGUUGAUCAGAUUCUUGGAAAAGGGCAAAUCACAGCAGAUAAGAAGAGCAGAGAGAAAGUAACAGCAGAACACGAGACCACAGAUGACCUCAGCAUGCUCGGCCGGGUGGUCAAGGUUGAAAAACAGGUACAGUCCAUCGAGUCCAAGCUGGACUGUCUGCUAGACAUCUAUCAACAGGUCCUCCGGAAGGGCUCGGCCUCUGCCCUCACUCUGGCCUCCUUCCAGAUCCCGCCUUUUGAAUGUGAACAGACCUCUGACUAUCAGAGCCCGGUGGACAGCAAAGACCUGUCCAGCUCCGCACAGCACAGCAGCUCCUUGUCCAGGUCAGCCAGCGCCAACAUCCCUCGAGGCCUGCAGUUCAUUCUGACGCCGAACGAGCUCAGCGCCCAGACUUUCUACGCACUGAGCCCCGCUUCACACAGCCCGGCGACACAGGUGCCAGGGAGCCAAGGGGACGGCCCUGCAGGGGGGGCAGCCACCCACAACCAAGUCCCCACGGCGCCCAAGCCGGCCGCCCCCACCACACUGCAGAUCCCACCACCCCUCCCUGCCCUCCAGCCUCUACCCCGGCCAGAGACCCUGUCCCCACACCCCGCGGGCCUGCAGGACAGCAUCUCCAACGUGGCCACCUGCCUCGCCGCCUCCAAGGACAGCGCUCCGGCUGCUGCGCAGUCGAACCUGAGCAAGGACUGCUCUCUGCCCAAGAGCUUUGAUGUGGGUGGGGAGACCCUGCUAUCUGUCCACCCCGUGGUCCCCAGGGACCUGGGCAAGUCUCUGUCUGUACAAAACCUGAUCCGAUCCACGGAGGAACUGAACAUCCAGCUUUCAGGGAGUGAGUCUAGUGGCUCCAGAAGCAGCCAAGAUUUUUACCCCAAAUGGAGGGAAUCCAGAUUGUUUAUAACUGAUGAGGAGGUGGGUCCAGAGGAGACGGAGACAGACGCUUUUGAUGUGGGGCCGCAGCCCUCCCGGGACCCAGACUCUCUAAGGACUGGAAGAUCCCGAUCAUCUCAGAGCGUGUGUAAAGCGGGAGAAAGUACAGAUGCCCUCAGCUUGCCCCACGUCAAACUGAAAUAAGUUCUCCGGUUUCUUUCCUGGCAUAGGGGUUCCUUUAGCCAUACUUAUCUUGCAUGAACUACCUGGAAAGCCCUGCUACAAAGUUGAAUUCGCAAGAAUCAGGAAGACCGUGAAAGGCAGUUUAGAAGCCCCGUUAUCUUUCAAUUGCAUGAAAAUGCAUGUCUCGGGGUGGCUGAAAUUCCAAGGUCCAUCAACAUUAGCCCGCCUGUUCAGUAACGUACCUCGAGUCAAAAAUCCUAAGAAACCAAACACUGCUGAUGCUAGGGGGGUGUAUGAAAAUGCCAAGAUUCAGUCAUUUUGAAGAUUUGACUCUGUAUUUUGAAAUUAUAUGAGUCAACGCCUUCAAAUUUCAGGCAUUUCUGCUUUGUGAUUAAAUACAAAAUACAUUUUCAAAACAAGGCCAUCAUGGACAUUUAAACACAAUGACUGUCAUCAACAGCUGCUAACAAGGUAGCCAGUAAGGCAAGAUUGGGGAAGGAUAGACACAGCUGCUUAUUCUGAGAUGCAUUUGCCAACCCGUUCCUAUUCAGUCCUUUCAUUGUUAAUGUGAUUUGAAUGUCAAUUUGUGUGCUUUUGGUGAUUUAAUGCUGUGGCGAGCAAUUUUGCACAUCAUUUUCAUGUUCUUCAGGACGAGAAUGUUCUUCAGUUAGAAAAUGUGCAACUGAUGAAAUUCAGGGCCAGUGGGGCAAAUAGACUGACUGUUGGACACACUUGACUUCACAGGGAAUGGAUUCCCUGAUGGCUGAAUCAACUUUAUAAGUGGUCAACUUUGACCCAAGCCAGUGAAAUCCUGAGCCGGCGGGACUGAGAUGAUCUCCCUGCAGUGGUCCCCCCCAACCCCGCAACCCCUCACCAGGCCUGCCAAAGCUGCCCACAUCAAGGGAGGUGUGAGAAUCUAUUCCCCCGAGGCUGAUGGACAAGCAGGAUCCUGGGAAAUGAGACCUGUGAGUAAAACUGAGAUAGGAAAGGCCUGAAAAGAAUCCAGACACAACACCGAGAAGUUAAGUCAAGUUCAAGGAAAGGACUUCCCCCUCCAAAGGCAGUGAGAGGAAGAGAAACAAACCAAAAGGAAAGAACUUGAUUUUUUAGAAAACAAAUAUUGCUAGGGAGUUCAACUACCUAAACACCCCUUAUUCUUAUAUAUAGGCAGAGAAUUUUGCAAGGUAUUUAUUUUUUAAUAUGCCCUGAAUGUCUUUUGCUAUCAUGUAGUACAUUUUGCGUAUGAAAGGCUAAAACUAAACCUCCUUUACUUUUUUAUACAGUGGUGUACAUUUUCUAUUCUCCCCAAGAAUGUUGCCCACCCCACCCCCCACCAAAUCUGAAAUUAUUAGUUCAGUUUCCCAGUGCAAACAUUUACAGUUAAAAGCCAGGUAACACUGGCAGGGUCUGCAAAUCCAAACACUUAAUAAUAUAGCAUGGUGGCAGAAAAGACCCAGGGAAGCAAAGUGGAAAAUGUAUUUACCAGAAAGCAAAAAAGCUGACUGCUUGUUAGACACCAGGCUUGCUAUCUCAGACCAUCAGAACUUCAGGCCAGGCAGACGUUGAGAAGGCCCAGAGGAGCCAGACAGCACUGCAGUUAAAAUCCAGCCACGGAAGGACUUAGGAAGGAAGAAUUUUUUCCUUGGCUCCAGAAAAAUUCUCCCAGUAGCCAGGAGGAAUGAGCAGGGUUAUCAACUGGCCCUGAAAGCCACCACAUCCUUCCCGAACUCUCUCCCCACUGGCUGUCUCCAUCCCAGACCUGCCCCCUACUUUUCUUCUCCAUUAAUGGCUUCUGGAUUCCCUGCCACUAUUUUGCUUCUGGACUUUACCAGGCCUUCACCACCUCCAUCCCCAAGUAAACCACUUAUCCACUCCACCCAAAACGUGCUUCUCAACCUUUUAAUAUCCUUGUCCCUUUGAUAAUCACUGAAAUUUUGAAAGCAGCUGCUUCUCCCCCCACCUGGAUUCUCUAGAGUACACUCUCCUGGAGUGUAUCAUUCAGUCUUUUUGGCUGUUGGAAACACACAGAAGAGUCUAAAUCUUACACUCCAGUGAAAAGGGUUUUAUCAAGCUUUAAAGGCAAUUAUUUUCAUUUUUGAAACAGAAUUUUAGUAAAAUUGUUAAAUGCAAUUUUUCUUCUACCCGUAUCUCCACUCAGCUUGAAGUUGUGAUCCAUCCUCCCAAGGAGGUUGUACACAAGAACACAACAUGCAUGUGUGUGCACACACACACAUACACACCCCCUCCACUGACCUAAAGCCAGACCCCCGCUAUGCACUCAGCAGGCCGUCUCCAAAUACUGGUAGAGGAAGAGAAAGGAGGUAGCAACUUUCAGGUGCACUAAUUCUUGGACACACCCUGUCCUGGGUCAAACCCCACUGGCAGCAGGAGCUCUGAAUGUACUGGGGAUCCCUCCUUAGGCCUCUUUAAACACAGUGGAGUUCAUCCAACAUUGCUGAAGGCGGAAGAUGCAGAAACAAAACGUCAACCCAUCACUGAAGUCUUAAUCACAGCCAAACAUGGUAAACCAUGUCAUGAAAAGCAUUUCCUCUGUGGAAGCCAUGACCAUUUUGUGUCUAUUUUGUGCUGGCACAAAAAUUUUUGGAUGCUAAAAGCUAGUUGUAUUGUGUGAAAACUGUUGGGUUCUGUCUGCUGUGUUAGUCUCUAUGGGGUUGAGGGGUCUCCCAUUUACACUUAGCAAAGUCCCUUUGGUCAACCCCAGGUGGUGUCUUGAAGCACAAUCUAGCUGAGCAGUGAGAAGCCACCCGCUUUCUCAGUUCAAGGUUGUCUGCCUUCUUCAAUACAUAGGGUUGACCGAGCUAACACUUCGUUGCAAACGUCCCUUCUUUGAGGUUCACUGAAAAAUGUUGCUGUGUCUGAUCUAAAUGUUUGCAUUUUGUUCAACUAAAUUAAUAUCUGUAUAUUGCAAGUUUUGUUUAAAGUAAGACACUUUCUUGCAUUUUUAAGUCUUUAUCUCCUGUUCUAAGGUGCCUUUCUCCCCUCCCACUGACUCAGUGAUUCUGAAAGUUCUUGAUUUGCAGGUAAAACAAGUGUCACAGAGAGGAGGAAAUCAGGCACACAAAGCGACUAACUUGCAUGCCCGUUUGCAAAGCGAAACGUAAGGAAUGAUGAAAACUGAACAACUAAAUUAAUGGGUCACUUCAGAUUGAGAAAAAUCAGAAAUAUUAACUUACCACCCCAGAAGCUGAUAUUUUUUUUGCCUUAAAAUGACAUGGUUGUGCUUUUGUAAGAGAAACUUAAUUUAAUAUAAUUAUGUGCAUUUAAGCGAGCAGUUCUAGAAGUCAUCUAUGACAAUGCAACUGUCUGUCUCCUGAAAAAAGAAAAAUCAGGAAUAUCAUAUCCAUUUCAAGCUACCGUUCAAAUUAAUUUCCUUUGCUCUCUUUUACUGGGAUUAUUUGUUUUAAAGUAAAACAUU